AUUGGCGUUGAUAGCCUCCGUCGGCAGGAUGUUUCGCCUGCAGCUGAUAAUGCUCCGAAAAGCAUGUACGAUGCGCCACUAGUGGAACAAACAGCGGCUACACUGGAUGACAAAGAAUUUGCAAAAGUAUGCCCAAUUUCUGGCCCAAAACAGAUCGAAAAAGGGGAACGAUAG